CCAUGAACACCUCCCCAGGCACAGUGGGGAGUGACCCAGUGAUCCUGGCCACCGCCGGCUAUGACCACACCGUGCGUUUCUGGCAGGCCCACAGUGGCAUCUGCACCCGCACAGUACAGCAUCAAGACUCUCAGGUGAACGCCUUGGAGAUAACACCAGACCGAAGCAUGAUUGCAGCUGCAGGUUACCAGCAUAUCCGCAUGUAUGACUUGAACUCCAAUAACCCCAACCCCAUCAUCAGCUAUGAUGGCGUCAACAAAAACAUUGCAUCCGUGGGCUUCCACGAGGACGGCCGCUGGAUGUACACGGGUGGGGAAGACUGCACCGCCAGGAUCUGGGACCUCAGGUCCCGGAACCUGCAGUGCCAGCGCAUCUUCCAGGUGAAUGCACCCAUCAACUGUGUGUGCCUGCACCCCAACCAGGCGGAGCUCAUUGUGGGGGACCAGAGUGGGGCCAUCCACAUCUGGGACUUGAAAACAGACCACAAUGAGCAGCUGAUCCCCGAGCCAGAGGUCUCCAUCAUGUCCACUCACAUCGACCCCGAUGCCAGCUACAUGGCAGCUGUCAACAGCACUGGAAACUGCUAUGUCUGGAACCUCACUGGUGGCAUCGGUGACGAGGUGACACAGCUCAUCCCCAAGACCAAGAUCCCAGCACACACCCGCUAUGCCCUGCAGUGCCGCUUCAGUCCUGACUCGACGCUUCUGGCCACAUGUUCGGCUGAUCAGACCUGUAAGAUCUGGAGGACGUCCAACUUCUCCCUGAUGACAGAGCUGAGCAUCAAGAGCGGGAACCCCGGGGAGUCCUCCCGUGGAUGGAUGUGGGGCUGCGCCUUCUCUGGGGACUCCCAAUACAUCGUCACUGCAUCCUCUGACAACCUGGCCCGACUCUGGUGCGUGGAGACUGGGGAGAUCAAGCGAGAGUAUGGAGGUCACCAGAAAGCUGUUGUCUGCCUGGCCUUCAAUGACAGCGUGCUGGGCUAGCCUGUGCCCUCUCUGACUGCUGGGUGACUGGGCCAUUGGAGGCCCAAG